GGGAAUCAGAAGCGAUCACGCCAAGAACGCAAAGGCUAGAGAGAGAGACAUUCUAGAGAGAGAAACAGCUGCCACCGACGAUGGCAAACUCCGUCGGCCUCCUCGCGAUCUGUGCCGCCGCCUUCCUCAUCGCCGCCUCCGCAGUCACCGCCGUUGAUUCCACUGCGGACAACCUCAGCUGGAUUCCGACGAGAUCCGUCUGCAAGGGAACUGUAGCCGAGUGCCUGGCGCUCGCCGGCGGAGAAGACGAGUUCGGCCUGACCUCAGAGUUCGCGAUGGACUCGGAAAUCAACCGGCGCAUCCUAGCGACUAGCAAGUACAUCAGCUACGGUGCGCUUCAGAGGAACAGUGUGCCGUGCUCUCGACGUGGCGCUUCCUAUUACAAUUGUCAGGCUGGUGCUCAGGCAAAUCCGUACAACCGUGGUUGCAGCACCAUUACUCGCUGCAGAAGUUAGUCUCCUCUUCAUCUCCAUUUUUUCUCCAUUUUUUUUUUCUGUAAUGUGUUUGUGCUGUUCUAUACAUGGAAAAAGGAGAGAGAUUGAUGGCCGUGUUUGUUAUUCAAUCACGAAAUUGUUGUUAUAAUUAUUAUUGUAUCUUGCUUUCAUUAUUACUCUCAAUUUUUGUUUUCCCUAAUGCACAACACAAUCUUUGUUUUUUC